AUGUCUUUCCCUAAAGAAUUCCAGCAUCUCAAAAUUUCACUCGAAGUUUUAGAAGAUGCCACCAACAAUUUUAGUGACGCCAACUUAAUCGGGCAUGGAGGAUUUGGAAAAGUUUACAAAGGAAAAAUUCUCCUAACUAGUGUGCUCACCACAGUUGCUAUAAAGCGUUUAGAUAGAUCAUUUGGGCAGGGAACUCCCGAGUUUUUGAAAGAGAUAGUGAUGCUUUGUCAAUACAAACAUCCUAAUAUUGUCUCCCUCCUAGGCUUUUGUGACGAGGGAGGUGAGAAAAUACUCGUCUAUGAGUAUCUAUCUAACAAAAGUCUGGACUUAUACCUAAGUAGCACCAAUCUCUCUUGGCAUAACCGCCUUUUUAUAUGCCAUGGAGUUGCAAGGGGACUACAAUAUCUUCAUGAACCCUUAGAGGGGAGUCAUCAUCAAAGAAUCUUGCAUCGUGAUAUCAAGAGUGCAAAUAUAUUGUUGGAUCGCAAGUGGACACCUAAGAUAGCAGACUUUGGUUUGUCUAAAGUUGGUCCUGCUAACCAACAUUUUACUUUUGUUAUUGACAAUGCAGUAGGCACGCCUGGCUAUUGUGAUCCACUAUAUGCGCGUACAGGCUUCUUGACCAAAGAAUCCGAUGUCUAUUCGUUUGGUGUUGUUUUGUUCGAAGUUCUUUGUGGAAGACUUGCUUGUGUACAAGAUCACAGUGAUAUUCGCAAAUGGUUGGCGGCAUUGGCACGAAAGUGCUAUGAAGAAAAGAAAUUGGAUACAAUCAUUCACUCUGGUAUUAGAAAAACAAUUUCGCCGAAGUCUUUAGAAAGGUUUUCAGCAAUAGCUUAUCAAUGUUUGCACAUAAAUCGUGAAGAACGACCAUCAAUGGCUAAAAUCGCAGAAGAGAUUGACCUUGCAUGGAGAUAUCAAGCACUUGCCGACAUGAAACUGCCAGAAGUGCCUAUGAAAGAGAUAGAAGUAGCGACCGAUAACUUUAAAACGUGUCUUUGGGAAACUCAUCAAUAUCAGUUUUACAAAGGGGAACUUUCCAUUUCAGGAGGAAAACCUACAAUGGUCUUUAUAAAGAGGUUUCGUGACCGUUCACGAGACAUACAUGAUUUUUUGUGUCAACUUAUUUACCGUUCUUAUCCAUUGCCCCCGGCCACGAUCUCUGUUCAUGGUUAUUGUGACGAGGAAAGGAGAAAAAUUAUUAUUCACGAAUAUGCAGAGCGUGGAAGCUUAGACCAGUAUAUAAGCAGGCAUAACAAUACCACUUGUAUAACUCUUACCUGGCUCCAAAGACUUCAAGUAUGUGUUGGUGCAGCUCAUGGAUUACAUCAACUGCAUAAUCAACGCAUAUUCCAGAAAGCAUUAAGAAGUACAAAUAUUUUGCUAGAUAACAAGUGGGUUGCUAAAGUUUGUGAUUUUAUGAUAUCAAGUUCAACAGGUUUAGAUGUGGUUGCUGCUAAACAUGUUUACAGUGCACCAGAAUACAUGCUUAGUGGUAAAAUUUCGAGUCAAGCAGAUGUAUAUUCUUUUGGCAUAGUAUUAUUUGAAGUUCUGUGUGGAAGGUUGUGCAUCGAAGAGGUGGAUGGAGACAUGUUAUCAGCCCAACUCGUCAAAGAGUUGUAUGAAAAGAAGAAACUUGAGGAGAUUGUUGAUCCCGUUUUAAGAGCACAAAUGAUUGGCGCAUAUUUCGUGGACAGAUAUUCAGCAAUUGCAUAUAGAUGCUUGUUGGAUGAUCCACAAGAACGACCUACUAUGGAUGUCGUCAUAAAAGAGCUUGAAGAUUUAUUGAGUACCGAGGUGGUAUUUGAGAAGCCAGGCAAAGAACUAAGGGAGCAUGCAAGAGCUGCAGAGGAGCGUGCAGAUGCUGCAGAGGAGCGGGCAAAAGCUGCAGAGGAGCGGGCAAAAGCUGCAGAGGAGCGGGCAAAAGUUGCCACGGAGAAGGAAAAGAAGAUACAAGCCCAGAUGGAAUUAACAAAGGAAGAACUUAGACGUGAGCAGAUUUUGAGGAAACAAUUGGAAGAGCAGAUGAAUGGGUCUGAUUAUGUUAUUUGA